CCGGCGUUGCCAGGUGCCACGAAAGCGGGCAGAAGAAGGGCAGCGAGGCGAAAUGAAGUGAGAAAACAGCAAACCACAAUAAACUCAGUAGUAUUAUUAAGCGAAAAGCGCGGCGCGCUCACAAUGUCUCCGACUGCGAACGGCGGCGGUUGUUCUACCAGCGAGUGAGCGCAGCGCCAGCCCACACACCAGCCGACGGCCGCGGGCCACAACAACAAAUAGUCGCGCACAGGCAAAUAACAAUAACAAUGAGAGUGGCGAACGCAGUGCACGUAGGGCGCGGCGCAAGUAAAUGAUUUAAAUCGAAAUUCGAAUUUAACACACGCUGCGAUGACCGUUUGAGGCGGGCCAGCGGCAGGAGACAAAAGAACCCCACGGCGGCGCAAAAGAAAGGCGAAGAAAGUCCAAAAAUCAGGCCAAACCGAUUUGUUUUUUUUUCUCUCUCUGUUUUUUUCUGUUCUCUCCGUUUGUUGUUGUUUUCGUGGUCGUGUGUGGCAAAAACCAAAAAAAAAAAGAGAGCUCUUGAAAUGGAAUUCCUGGAGAACCUGUGCAAAACGCUGCAGAGCCUGCUGUCCUCCUACAUCGACCUGGACUACUCGCUGUGGCUCUACCGCUUCCUCACCCCCCUGAUCGUCACCUUCCUGCUGCCGCUCGUCUUCGUGGCCCUCAUCUACAUUUCCUUCCUGGUGCUUUUCAUCUACAAGUUGCACAGGCAGGUGAUCAUGCGGGCGGUGCAGGGCGACCGCAACUUCUGGCGGGUGGGCCGCAAGAUCGUGGCGGCCAUCUGGGACGCGCACGCGCGCAUCUACCACGGCUACGAGGUGAUCGGGCUGGAGAACGUGCCGCAGGAGGGGCCGGCGCUGAUCGUCUACUACCACGGCGCCAUCCCCAUCGACAUGUACUACCUGAACUCGCGGAUGCUGCUGCAGCGCGAGCGCCUCAUCUACACGAUCGGCGACCGCUUCCUGUUCAAGCUGCCCGGCUGGGGCACCAUCUCGGAGGCCUUCCACGUCAGCCCCGGCACCGUGCAGUCGUGCGUGGGCAUCCUGCGCGACGGCAACCUGCUGGCCAUCUCGCCCGGCGGCGUCUACGAGGCGCAGUUCGGCGACCACUACUACGAGCUGCUGUGGCGCAAUCGCGUCGGCUUCGCCAAGGUGGCCAUCGAGGCCAGGGCGCCGAUCAUUCCGUGCUUCACGCAGAACCUGCGCGAGGGCUUCCGCCAGGUGGGCAUCUUCCGCACCUUCUUCAUGCGGCUGUACAACAAGGUGCGCAUCCCCGUCUACCCCAUCUACGGCGGGUUCCCCGUCAAGUUCCGGACGUACCUGGGCAAGCCCAUUCCCUACGACGAGAGCCUCACGCCGCAGGAUCUGCAAAUCAAGGUGGCCACCGCCAUCGAGGAUCUGAUCAACCAGCACCAGCGGCUGCCCGGCAGCAUCCUGCUGGCCCUGCUGGACCGCCUGCCCUCGUUCCGGAGACGCCUCAAGAAGAAGGACGAGUGAUCCACGCCGCGGUCCGCCUUCCAGCACGUCAAUCCCGUUUCCGUUUAGAGCCUAGCGCAUAGCUUGUAGAGAGAUUAAGAGAUUGACUUUGGUUCUGGCCAUAUGAAGACUACUUUGUUCCAUGUACUUCUCCAUGUACUUCACGUUGUAUAGGCAGCGCCAUAUAUACAUAUAUAUCUCUGUAGAUCCUAAAAAUAAUCUUUGUAAAUGUCUCCCAACUUACCUCUUAUCAUUUGUGAGUCGCAAGUGCUCCGCACUUAAGUGAGCGUGUAAAGAUUUUAAUUAGCCCUAAAGUAAGACCAACUUGAGUCAAACACCGAACAAAGAGAGCCUCUACCUUCAUUUUGUGUGUCGCCUCUUUCUUUUUAGUGUAAUUUUAGACGCAUUAAACAAUUAUAUAAUUAGUUUUGCAUUAAGCCUGCCGUGCAUAUAUCAUUUUUGUACCUUUUUUAUGGCAAAAACAAGACAAAAACCAGAGAAAAAGCAAGGAAAAGAUGAAGUGUGGCUGCCUGAGCGUGUGAGCCUGUCUAAAAGUGUGACUGAGUGUACUAUAUAGUUAAGGAAAUCGCGUGUAACAUAGCUAUAGCAUCGGAGUAUUCCAAGUGACAGGAAUUUUCAAAAGAAAAGUUGAAUAAAUAAUGGAAAAAUAUAAAA